CGAUGUCAAGUCAAUUUUUACAAGAUUGUCAGUGGUAAAUAAAGGAAUCAAUAUCUUGUAAAUAAAUUUAUGUAUUAAUAAAAAACAAAUAAAGUAACGAAAUUUAUCUUCAUCCACUCCAACAAGUUUUGUUUAAAAUCCUGUGCUAUCCUACUAAAAUAUUAAGCAGAAGAAUAGUCAAUAAUAAAAGGGGAAUAAUGGUAACUGAAAUUUCGAAACUGUCUUUUCCAAUUGGGAAAUAUAUAGAAAAUUGUGUUCUCAUUUGUAAUGGAAUGUAAAUGAAAAUGGAUUUCAGUUCUCUUAAUCCUACAACUUCAAAUGCGCUGAAUUUAGCAGCAAGAAGCAAUGAUGUGGAGAAAGUCAAAAGACUGAUUAAAAAAAUCAACCCUAACUGCGUUGAUAAUAGAGGUUGGACAUGUUUGCACGAGGCUGCCGCUGCAGACAGCUACGAGAGUCUCUUGGUUAUCUUAAAUCAUCCUGAUUGUCGGCACUUAGCUGAAGACCAUGAAGGCUGUACAGCACUUCAAGUUGCUUGCAGUAAUGGUGCUUCCAUAAGAACAAUUACGGCACUCCUAGAUCAUGCACCAGAUAUAGCAAACUAUGGAACAUAUGAAAAUGUAACACCAUUGCAUAUUGCAAGUUGCCAAGGCAAUUUAGAUUUAGUGCAGUUACUCAUAGAGUAUGGUGCUAUGCUAGAUGUGCAGGACUUUGAUGGGCACACAGCUUUACAUGGUGCUGUAUUAGCUAAACAACCUGAAGCUGUGAAAAUAUUGUUAUGUGCAGGAGCUGAUCCUGAAAUCCGGGAUGAAUCUGACUUUACAGCAUUUCAUUUUGCUUGCUACAAAGGUUGCUUAGAGUCAGUGAAAGCAUUGUUGCCAUAUGUAAAUAAUAUAAAUCAAGUAUCAAUCAAUGGGGAUAGUCCAUUGAUGCUGGCUGUUAUAGGUGUUUGUGAUGAUGUAGUUUCAUAUUUAAUAGAAGUAGGAGCAGACAUACAUGUUAAAGAUGUUGAUAAUGAUAUGGCCUUAAACAUUGCAUUAAAAAGCGGGCACAGUUCUAUAUUCAAAAAGCUUCUGUUUGCAACUGAUAGAGAAAAAAUUAAUAAUGAUAUUAUACUUUACGCAUGUAAGCCACAUUACUUGAAAGUUGAUAUUCUUGAAAGUUUGCUAUCAUAUGACUUGGGACCAAAAUUCUAUGAUUUAGUGGAGCCCUUUCAUGUGGUGCUAGAGAAGAUAGGUAAUAUAAGGCCAACCUACCUCACCAGCGCUCCUCUGAAUUCAUACUUAAAUAUAUGUGAAUAUAUUUUUCAAAUGUCACCAAAAAGGUUUGAAGAAUACUUCUACAUAUUUCUCGCCAAUGGGGUUUCAGUCAAUUCAAUAAAUAUAAAUGAAUGCCCGCCACUUGUUUACUUACAUUAUACAACACAUUCAAGCUGUUUUACAGAGGUAUUCAAUAUACUCUGUUGUCAUGGAUGCAAUGUGGAUUAUUGUACUACUAAAUUACCAUCAAGCAAGGAAUUGUGUAUUCCUGAUGCAUUCAUAGCAUCGCUCACUUCAAAUCCUAGUACAAUACCAGUAAUGUUGCCGUAUAGUUUGGCCUGUGAUCCUGAUUUUCUCCUAAAAUUUGCCUAUCAAAAUAACAUACUACCAAGAAUACCAUUACAGGUGCAAGAGUACUUACUAGUGUUAAUAGGUGUUGAUUUGGACAAAACUACGGCUGAAACAUUGUCAUGUACUGUACUACCUUUGAAGCAUUUAUCCAGAAUAAAGAUUAGAGAGUCUCUAAGAAAUCAAUUGGGUAACAAAUUAUCAAGUCAACGUUAUCUUGAAGUUCUAAACACUUUAAAGAUACCACAAAUUAUUAAAGAUUAUUUACUGAGUGUGAUAAAAUGA